AAAGCAGCAGAAAAUAAAUUUUACCUGGAAAUGAAUAAUAAGAAACAUCAAUUAUUAAAUCAAAAGAAACGCAGUAAAGAAAGGCGGAAGCUUAUUGGAAAAAAGGUGGUACGGUUGAAUAUAAGAAAGUGGGAAGUUAACACAUUUGGAGAUAAAGAAGACGGUGUUAGUAGUGAACUAAAGGAGGAAUCAAUAAACGAAAUAAAGAAUGAACUUCCAAAACGAAAACAUACUACUGUUGGCUUGUCAAAAGUUAAUAUCGAAACAAAGAAUCAAAUAGCUAUUGAAAAUGAAGCUUUAAAUAAUCAUCACGAUACUUAUACAUUUAAUGAAGAUAUUAGCACAAUUACUUUAAAUAAUAGUGAAACCAAUCUUGAUAAUUCGAAUAAGUUAUCCAUUAUAAUGGAAGAUUGUAAUGAUCAAGAUUCAAUGCUAACGCCAAGCUCUAGUAAUAAUAUUUCAGAAUCAGCGUUCACUUCCUCUAUUCAACCCAAAUCAAGGAAUCCAUUGGUCCCCCUUACGGCUAUUGAAAAUAUGAAUAUACCACAUUCUGUUGAACAGCUUCGAACUAAAAGAAUUCGAAAUAACAAACGCAAAGGUGCAUUAGAAUAUUCGAAUUUACAGAAUAAAUAUACUGAAAUUGUUUCAUCGCUGCCACCACUAAGAAGAAGAAAAAUUGAUAAUCCUGCUCUGGAAGAGCUUUUUGAUAAGCAAGGUAUAGGUUGGAAUCGAAAGGAAUUUGCCAAGGAAUGUCAAGUUCAAAAUAUCCGUCUAGAUGAUGAUGAUAUUAUUAAUGCAACCAAGUUAGUUAGUUGGUUUGAUCGCAAAAAAAAUAAGACCAAAUCUUGCAAUACUGCAACUAAAAUUUAA